AUGGUCGCUUCUAAGGUUACACCAUUGCCCCCACAUGUAUCUGUAUAUACAACAAAUAGGACACCAACAUCCAAAAAUCACCUUACCGAAUCAAAUGAUGGAUUUACUAUUAGUGCUGUUUCUCCUUUGGAACCAAUAAUUGAUGAUAAUUCGUCAGAUGAUGGUGCUCAAAUCAAACAACAAAAUAAGCGUUCCUCUCAGAAAAUAACCAUCAAAUCAAGCUUAAUACUCUUAUUAUUGUUUGUUUUGGUGGUUUCUGUAAUCUUAUUAACCAUAGUUUGGGUAUCUAGUUUUGCUGGGAGUGUUACAUCUGUGAGUAAUAGUUUAAUGGAGUCUCAAUUCUCUAGUAUGACUGAAUUUAUAGACUCUACCAUGAAUAAGGUAGCAAUGGCCACUGAAACUGUAAGGAACUCUGUGUGGAAUGAUAUGGAUUAUUAUAAUCGUGACGAGUGGUUAAUUGACAAGACCUUCAUGACCUAUAAAUCACAGGAAGCUUACAUAAAUGGUCUUUUCAUCAAUUCAUAUUUUGGAGAUGUAUUGGGAGGUAAUAAGGGUAUAACUAGCAGUCAAUCUAGAGCUGCUAAAUCACCUGAAAUGUAUCUAUCAUUAUUUGUGAUUAAUUCAACAGGAGCUUAUUACAAAACUUGUGAUUUUGACUCCUCUCACACUAGCUGUGUUAGAAAAGGUCCAACAUGGGAUAAGAUUAAACCAACAUUUGAUCUUUCAACUGAAGUGGAACAAGCCCAAAACUUACUCAACUCAACCGGAUUUUCUGACUCUUACACAGAUUCAGGAUAUCCACUGUGGGUUUGGUUCUCAUGUGUAAGUGUUCACUCAGUUCCUGGCUCAUCCACUUUUGAUUGGUAUUUUGCUAUUGAUCUGACAGUUCACUCUCUAUCCCAAUACUUGCUUGAAUUUACAAGUGAUAUUAUGAACUCACUGGCAGUUGUUAUUGAGAUCAAAACUGACGCUAUUAUUGCAACCAACUACCCUGAUAUUCCAGUUUCUGAAUGGGAUAAAAGUGGAAAGGAAACAAGAAAGACUGUUAAGAACUUUGAUAUUCCACAAGUGAGAGAUAUUGGAUCUGCUGUUUAUGAAUCUUUAGGGAAUGAUCUCAAAUCUAUGAAAUGUUCAACUUUCAAAUUCACAACAGUUAGUUCUUAUUAUGUUGGACUCUAUAGAUUGUGCACUCCAACAUUGUUGAAUUGGAUGAUAAUCUUUGCAGUGCCACAGUGGAACUACAUAUCUUCCAUUGUAAUUGCAGUGAUAGUUGCCGUUAUUGUGAGUGUCAUUAUUACAAUCUCUGCAAUUUUGAUAGGUAUUUGGUUCAGUACAAGAAUUGUUACACCUUUCAAAAAGUUAAUGACCCAAUUUGAAUUCAUUUCAGAAAUGCAAUUGGACGAAAUUGAGGGCUUGAAGGUUGCAUCACCAUUGAAGGAAGUUUCUGAAAUCCAAGAACAUGUAUUGUUCAUGGUGAAAAAGAUGAAAUUAUUUAGAAGUUUCCUUCCACCUCACUUGUUGAGCAAAUUGGAUAGUAAUGACACACGUUCACACGAAGAAUCUAAACAUCAUUCGAGUAACAAGUUUACAUCUCUUUCCUUCUCAAAGUCAUCUCAUCAUAGCAAGAUUGGAGCUCAUUCUUCUGGUUUUCAUAAUUCCAUUUUUAAAUUAGGUCUGGAAAAGAGAAGGGUGGUGAGUGCAAUGAUAUAUUUCGAAGGGCUCAACGAACUACUUAAUGAAUUGAAAGAACAUGAUAUUACUGUCGUGCUUACUGAAAUUUUCACAGUAAUUCAAAGACAUGCAAGUUUAAACAAUGCAUUGGUUGGCAAUUUUGAGAAGAGUACCAUCAUUCUUAGUUUUAAUGCUACAUCAGAAAGCGCCAAAGCAGAAGAAAAAGGUUUAUUCUGCAUGACACAACUUCAAGGUCAAUUACAAAAAUUGAAAUGUUCUUCAUCCAUAUCUUUCCUUUGUGCCAUGGUUUCACAGCAAAACAAAGUUGGUAACGUUGGUACUAGAGAUGUUAAAACCUUCUCAAUUUUAGGCAGUUAUCAAGAAAAUCUUGAAUUUUUAAUCAGUUUAACUUCCAAGCUUAAUGUUAACUUUUUAAUCACAGAUCAUGUUUACCAGGAAAUUGCUGAUGUUCACUCGACUAGAUUGGUAUCAUGGAAGAAAUUAGUGAAUGAAAAUACAUUUGAACCAAUUAUGUCCAAUAGAAAAUCAAAGAGUGGUGAAAAGACACCAAUUUAUGAGGUUGGAGAUUCAAAACAAGUUAACAUGGAUGAAUGUAAGUUGAUAUUGUUUUUUCAUUUGUGA